AUGGAGGCUUUGCCCUCGAUGAUCGAGCUCCGUCUGCGGCUCACGGUAAGGUUCCGGGCCGAGCGCUGGGUGGCGCAGCCUCUCGGCAGCCCGACGUAUGUGGGAACAACGCAGGCCGGGCUGCACCAGGCUGUCAGCUCGUGGAGGCGCCUCCAUGCAGCCAGGGAGGCGCUCCGGGCCUCGUCCUCUUUUGGCCCGGCUUCCGCUGAGGAGCAUCAAUCCUGGCUCAACCUCCGAAACACCUUCCUGGAUGUGGAGGCAGAGGCCGGGAUGUCGCGGGAGCUGCGGGACCAGCGCCUCGCCCAAGCGGAGCAAGCGCACGCCGCGCAGCGCCGAAAGGUGGCAGAGCGUUGGAAUCGCCAGCAGAUGGCCCGCGAGGAUGACCUCGAGGUUGGGCGCCGCGGUGCGAUGUCCCCGCUUCCAUGCGCCUCGCGCGCGCGGCGCCUUCUCAGCGAGCUGGCCGUGGCAGAGAAAGGCCUGAGCGAAUCGGCUGCAAAACGAGCUUCUGCGGGCCGCAAAGUGAAUCAUACCGGCAAGCAGUCAUCCAGCGAGUCGAGUGCGGCAAGGAAGCCCAAGCAAAGGCGUACAGCUUCUCUUUGA